AUGGCCUUCAACGGAUAUAAAUUAACUUAUCCUACAGCCAAAAUUGCUGUCAAUAAUGACAAAGAGGAAGUAAAUUCAAUCUUAUCUGAUGAUAAGAAUUCCUGGGUUUUAUUUAACCCAGACGAUGAUAUUCUAUCAUCAACACAAAGACUGGAACUGUUUCUGGAAAUACAAAGUCAACAAACAGAUAGACAAAGUGUAGAGGAUCAAACCGAUGAUGAACAAGAAGAAAGUGAUGAAGAACAGCAACUAGAAGAAGACGAAGAAGAUGAUUUGAUUGAUAAUUUGGAUACUUUUAAGAUUCGGAACAUGUUUUCUAAGAAUUACGAUGCUAUAAAGAAAUGGAAAAAUAAUAUCAAUAAUGAUUUCUUCGAUGACAAUUUGGCAUCAUGGGAUCUAGAUGAGAAUUUAUCUGUCAAUCAAUUAGAUACUACUAUUCUUGACAAAUCUUUCUAUGGAGAUGAACUUAUAAGGAAUCUUAAUGCCAAAGAUUUCAGAAAAUUCAAGAAAAUUCAAUUAAAUCUAAAGAAUUAUUUAAACCAAAGACCUAAUUAUGUCAUCGAUCAAUUAUUAUUGAAGACAUUACCGUUGAGCCAACAACUUCAAUUGAAGAAAAUUGAAAGAAACAACAACAUUUUCAAUUAUCAUAAGAACCUUAUCAAUAUUAAUGACGACAGUAGUACUAGUUCGUUAAUAAUGGUGGAGGACAGGUGA